UAAAAUGCCUUAUGCGUCAAUGUCCCCCAAAGCACCGCUUUUCACCGGACAGUUCAAUCUGCAAACCCCGCCCACGUUCAACACAUACACACAUUCACCCAUUUAAACCCUAACUAAUGACCACCAUAUUUUCCCAUCUUCACUUUCCCUGAAAAUCCUGAAAACUUUUUCGGAAAAUCUCGCUAUCAAUGGCGUCCUCCUCGACCUCAGAGCCACCGGCCGAAGAAACGAGGAACUGGCUGGAACUGCCGCAAGACGUGACGGCGAUGAUACUGCACAAGAUUGGGGCGAUAGAGAUACUGGAGAGCGCGCAGAAGGUGUGUAUGGCGUGGCGUAAGAUCUGCAAAGACCCUGCGAUGUGGAGGACCAUCGACAUGCACAAUUUGGGGGACCUCUUCGACAUGCCGUACGAUCUCGAGAAGAUGGCGAUGCACGCCAUCGAUCGCAGUUGUGGACAGUUGGUCGACAUCAAUCUCGAGUAUUUCGGCACUGAUGAGCUUCUUCUGUACAUCAUUCAGCGGACCAGUCAACUUAGACGUCUUCGUCUUAUCUGUUGCUAUGACAUUUCAUGCGACGGUUUGAGUGAAGCGGCUAAAGGACUACCAUUGUUAGAGGAGCUUCACAUGUAUUUCUGCACUAAUGUUUCAGAAAAAGCUUUUGAAGCUGUUGGUCGCUGUUGUCCUCUGCUGAAGUCAUUUUCAUUCAACAUCAAUGGGCGGAGAAGCAAAAACAUAGAAAUAGAGUUUGACGACGAAGCACUAGUUAUUGCAGGAAACAUGCCUGAAUUACGCCACCUUCAACUCUUUGGAAAUAUGAUGACAAAUGUUGGCCUGCAGGCGAUUCUUGAUGGUUGUCCUCACCUUGAAUCCCUUGACCUGCGGCAGUGUUUCAAUGUUAAUCUGAAAGGGGAUUUGGCAAAAAGACUUUAUAAGAAGAUCAAAGAUCUGCGACUUCCUAACGAUUCCACCGAAGACUAUGGAUUUGAUGCUCAAAUUUACGAUGAGGACGACCCAUUUGGAUUAUCUGACAUUAACUCCUUUUCUGAUUAUGAUGACUAUGGCUACAGCUACGAAGACAGUGACUUUGAUUACGAUGACUUUACAAAAUUCCCUGAUGACACUGAAAUUUGUGACUUUUUUGAGGAGCUGUUUAUCACUUAGGGCAGUUGCCUUCGAAAACUAUCAAUUAUGAGGAAACCCAUGGUAUGUGUAUGGUGUGCAAUACAGGCAUGUGUUUCCCCCUCAUCCUUUGCAAUUUAAAGCUCAGUAGCAGCUACUAGCUAGGUAGUUGGAAGUUUUAGUGUAUCCAGUCAAGACACCACUUCAUCUUGGUGGAAGAUGAUUUUGUUGGCGUUUUGCAGUUUGGGACUGUGUGUGAUCUGGAAGGAUAUGAAUGGCGAUUAUUUGCCUGCUGAAAUGGUGUCUCAAUCUGAUAAGUUACUGUUAAAUUCAUCACGUUUCUUUAUGAAUAUGUAGAGCUGACUUUGUUCCCAAGUGGCCUUAAGCUUUCUAAGAGAGUUUUGUUCAUUA